UUGUUGGGGAGGAAUAAUUUACAUUUGUUUAUGAGAUCUGUUAACAGGAAUGUUGUAGGCAAUUUUUUAUUAAGUUACGGAAAUAGAAUUUCACAGAAAUUUGUAAACGGGUUUUCUGUGGUGAUUUGUGUAUGUAAGAGAAACCGACUGCAUGUAAUGACAUUUAGAUGGGCAUUCUGAACAGUUCUGAAGAGUGAAGAAGAAAAAGACAGAGGCAGGUAGGGGAGGGAAAGUGGCUGAAGGGGGUGUGACUGCAAGGUGUGGACGGGAGAGAGGAAAGAUGUGACACGAUAGGACAGAUCAUGGAGAGAACUGGAGGAACAUGAGUGCAUCUAACCCAGGGAUUAAACAACCAGCUGAAGAUUGAAACAUACCAGAUUAAGACAAACUCUCCAUCUUAUCCUCCGUGAUGUUAAUGAGGUCUCAGUCUGAGAGAAAAGGGUCUUUCACUGGCCUCUCAGGCCUGAUGUCACCUAACAGCUCGUCACCACCCUACCCCACACAAGGAGAUAUAACCUCCCCCAGGGGGUCCAUAUUCACACCAAUAUCCCUUACCAAUCCACCCAGCUGGGUGACACAGGCGCUCUGCAACUUAGAACAGGGUGAGAAAGAGCUGCAGAGCCUUAGAGACCGACAGACAAGUGAGGUGGAGGAAGUGAACCGAGAGCUUGACAAUGCUAUCUUUGAGGCUCAUAGACAAGAACGCCGAGUGGUAGAAAAGGUAGGUCAGGACCACCGGGAAGCCCAGCGCCGCCUCGAGCAGGUCAAGAGGGAGAAUGCUGCUGCGGUCAGAGUUGGACAGUCUCUGGUGGACCGGCAGCUCCGUAAACUGGGACAACUCAAAGACCAGAUCCAUAGAUGGGGAGGAAACGGUGGUGGACACAAUAAGAACCAGCUUCAGAGGGGAGUGGCAGAAGUUCUGCAGCCUUGGGAAAUCUCCCUGUCUUUGAAGAGGGUCACCUUCCUGCCAGGUACCCAGCUGAAAGAUCUGAGGUUAGGUGAGGUGGAAGUCCAGGAUCAAGACCUGAACUACCCUAUUGGUGUCUGUGGUGAGACAGGGAAAAAAUGUGCUCUUCACUCAGGGGAGAUGAAAUUUGGAGACCGUGGAUCAUUUGAAGUUCGGAAGGACUCUCCAUCUCCAUUAAAUAGUGGGAACAUGCGUGUAGUCAGGAAGCUCCGUCUGUCCACCACGGAUGGGGAUGAGAUAAAGUCACCAGUCUCAAAGCCUCCGCUCAGUCCCCGGCAUGUUGGAGCAUCUAAAUUAUCUGUGGAUGAGGAAAAAGAGUCUAUAUGUUCAGACACACAUCGCCAGGAACUCUUUCUGGCAAUCCCUCCAAUCUCCAGUCACGGGGAGUUAGAGGGAGAUGAACUAGACUCUGGACAAAAUAGAAACAAGAAACACUCUAUUCUCAAAGAUUUUCAAAAGCAAACAACACUGGUUCUCAUCCCAAGCGAGGAACCUUCCAGCUCUCCAGAUGGCAACAGAUCUGAACACUGUGGGAAACCGCAGACUUCGCCCAACGCUGGCAGAGUAGGAAACCGUUCCAGCUACAGCUUUCUAGACCUCUCCUCAAGACAUACUCGCUCUCGUCAAAGCCUGUCACCCAGCAAAUCCUCCCGUGGAACGUCUGCUGAUGAAGGGAGUCCUCCUUCCCCACCUGGUAGUGAGGACUCCAGCUACACCCACAUCACCAGUCCCUCACAUAGCAACAAUAGUUCCUUGAAACAGGAACACAGACGUGCUAUGUCCGCAGCGGACCUCUCCGGCAAAACUUGUUCCUUGAUCAAUGGGAGCAAGGGGGAUCACCUAGGAUUUAAAAGAGCCAACCAGACUCAUCUAUCUUCUGUCCCCUCAACCUUGGAGCAAGGUAAUGGAUCUGAGUCUGUCAGCAAAAGCCUUACAAGUCCUGAUGAACGAGAUUCAAGAUCCCAGGGAAGGGGUCUAGGUUGUAAUCGUGUGAGCCGAUCUCUGUCCAUGUCUGCUAUCGACAACAAAGGUAACACCUUAGCCAAGGAGCAACAAUAUGACUGGGGAAGAAGAGGCAAACCAGAACCAAUCCUGAGAGACUUAGAGGAGGAAAGUGGUUCAAGUGCCUUUGAGUCAGCAAAUCUUGUCAAGCAGUUUGGUAAGCUGGGUUCAGGACGCUCUGACUUCAACUUGCCCAGUGGGAUCCAUGCCACUUUCAAAGGGCAGCUCUUUGUGGUGGACUGUGGGAACGCCCGAAUUCAAGUGACUGAUCUUCAGAAGAAUGUUGUACAGCAGGUGUCCCCUGUCGGAACCGAAAGAUCCGCCCGCAUCUGCAACUACUUUGAUGUGGCUGUAAAUGAAAAGGGCCUCAUUGCGCUGACUUGCGCUGCAGAGCGUGCUGUGUUGGUGUUCAACCGCCACGGACGCCUCCUCCAGACGUUCGGCGGCAACGUGAUAGGAUCCACUCAUGAAGAGCUAGAUGCACCCAGGGGAGUGACCGUCACCCGUCUGGAUGAGUUCCUGAUAGCCGACAUUAAGCGCGGAACUCUUAUGGCCCUGAAGCUGGACCCCAAGACGGGCGCCAAGGUGGAACGCACCAUUGUUACAGGGUUCCAUCGGCCUUACCUGGUGGCUGCCUGCCUGACCUCUGGGCUGAUGGCGGUGUCCGAACGGGGAAACGAGACAGGCCGUGUGCCUUGCAUAAGAGUGCUGGAACCUGGUUGGAACACCAUCCGUGUUCUGGGGGUGUGCUCCGGCAUGGGUCCAGUCCUGGCUUGCCCCGGGGGUCUCAGCAUUGACUGUGAUGGGGAUGUCUUGGUGGCAGACUGGGGCAGGCUGAACCGUGUCCUCCUGUACCCUGCAAAUGGCCUAGGCUGGCCCAUUGUAACCCAAGGUCUAAACAGCCCCAGAGGGCUUGCCCUGCUGCCCGAGGGUCAGCUAGCGGUGUCAGACAGCAUGAACCACUGUGUAAAAAUCUACCAAUACAAGUGAGGCGCUGAAAGGGUGAAGAUAAAGGAGCAAGUAUUCACUUGUGAACGUAUGAAGAUUUUAGUCAACAACUACUAUUGCAAGAUAAUUCUAGAGGUUUCGGUUGAGAAUUCCAUGAGUUCUUCUAAAAAGAUCAGAAUCAAAAGGUAGAAAGUGUAAAAUGGAGAAAGAACACAGACUGUAGAUUUGAGUUGUGGAGAAAACAGACUAAUGAAGUUGUGGAAGACAGUAAAGAUUACAUAUUUAUUAUUACAACAAUUUCCU